AGGAAAAACUUUCUGCCCCCGUCCGAAGGCGUUAAAAACACCUAGCGUUAAAAAAGCAGCAGAAGAAGCUGGGUCUCAAAGCUGAACUUCACUUUUCCUGGGAUUUUGUGUGUGUCAGACUCAAAGGCUGCAACGUUUUUGGUUUUGCUUUUUUUUUUUUUUUUUUCUUCCCUUCUCCCUUAUCUCCCGAAAGGAAACUGUUGCUAGUUGGAACAGACUUUUUAAAUGUUUGGGAUUCAAGAUACUUUAGGAAGAGGACCAAUUCUGAAAGAUAAAUCUCUAGGUUCUGAGAUGGAUUCCGUCAGGUCCUGGGUCAGAAACGUUGGGGUUGUGGAUGCAAACGUAGCAGCACAAAGCGGAGUAGCUUUGUCCAGAGCCCACUUUGAAAAGCAGCCACCCUCCAACUUGAGGAAAUCCAAUUUCUUUCACUUUGUUCUGGCUCUCUACGACAGACAGGGGCAGCCCGUGGAAAUAGAGAGGACAGCUUUUGUGGACUUUGUAGAAAAUGAUAAAGAACAAGGCAACGAGAAGACCAACAACGGCACGCACUACAAACUGCAGCUCCUCUACAGCAACGGAGUCAGGACCGAGCAGGAUCUCUAUGUCAGGCUCAUCGAUUCGGUCACUAAGCAGCCCAUAACUUACGAAGGACAGAACAAGAACCCCGAGAUGUGCAGAGUGCUGCUCACCCACGAGGUCAUGUGCAGUCGGUGCUGUGAGAAGAAAAGUUGUGGCAACAGAAACGAGACCCCGUCCGACCCCGUGAUCAUCGACAGGUAG